AUGGCAUCCUACAGCGCUGCUGUGCUUUCACGCUGCUGGGCGCAUCGAUCGUUCGCGAAUUUGUGUCUUCUCCUGUUCUUGGUCGUUUCCCAGAGCUUUCCCUCGUUGGUUGCCGGGGAUGACGUCACACACGAGGAUGGAUCUUUACACUCCUCUCCGGUUUGCAAUAACAAGUUCCGAUUGGUAAGGGCAGUUUGGAUCGUAUUGGGUCGUCGGAUGCGUUGGGAUUUUUUUUUUCCCCCCCGUUUGAUGGCCGUUCUUUUGUUUGCGUUUUGAUGCCAGUGGGGGAUGUCUUCAUGCGUUUUGAAUAUUUUCCUUUGCCUUCCCUGACUCACUAGAAUUCUGCGUUCUUUCUUUGAUAUUCCGCAUGGUUGUUGACUGAUAACUUCUAAAGAUUGACACGUGAUAUUUUUGUAUAAUCAGGACCCAUAACCGAAACAUUCAGCUUUCCGUGUUUUAGCUCGCUAAGCGUCAUUUUUGCAUAGAAUAUCACGAUGGAAAAACCAAGCAUAGAGUUUCUCUUUAGGUAAACGUAUGCCAGCUAAAUCAAAGUCCUCAUUAAGAAGAAUAUAUUUUUAUUCUAUCCUCUUUGGAGAGAGGGUCCUAGGGGACAGGUUGACGAUGGAUGUACAUUAUUAGACAUUAAUCCCGAAAAAAUGUAUCCAUCAUUUGAAGAUAACCUUAAAUUUUGAAAGAUAUGAAAGUACGCAACAAAAGACUUUGGUAACCAUUGGUUUUUCAUUGCAUCAUGUGAACUGGAGAUUAAAAAAAAAGCAUAAACUUAUGAUGAUGGUAAUGGGCAAAAAUAUGCGAAAUGUAGGAAUCUAGAAAUGGAAAGGUCCCUAAGUCAUCUGUCAAGCAUUUGAAGCCACAGAGUUUCCUUCAUUCUGUAGUAAUGGGCUUUUGUAAACAGAAAUCGGAGAUGGGAAAACGGUUUUAAGCCUAGGGCUUUACCAUGUAGAUAUUUGAGAUCAGGUCAAUAGAGUGGGUAUUGGAGAAUCUGCAUGCUAUUCUAUGGCAGAGGCUUGUAAUGUGCAAAAGCUGUUCAUGAGAAAGGGUGAAAUCCCAAGAGGCUAGUGGUCCUCGCCUUUGUGACUGGAGUGGAGACUUUGAAGCACGACUAUGUGUAUUGUGCUUUUUUAUCAUAUAUGCGGGGGAGAGAUUGUUUGGUGAAGAACUAGUGGCAUGAUCAGCUCUGGUCAUCAUUGAUGAACUGCUCUGUUGAUAGUCCUGGGACUGGUUGCCCAUUGAGACAAGACGAUAUGGUGGAUAGUGUUGCAUGAUUUAUGUCAAAAUUUCACCAAUCAUAACAACAGGACUGUCCUUGUGGAGAAUCCACUUUUUUCUGCAUUAGGGCAGAUAGUUGAAAAUUAAGGCAUCUAGUGGCGAGGAGUCUGGGAUGUUGUAGACCAGGGGAUCUUGCUUCUUUCCUGCAGUUUCAAGUCAUGGCUCCGAGUGAGAUUUUCAGAGUCUCAUCCCCUGUACACCGGUAAUUUUUGAUUUCUUGACUCCUGAUGUCUCCAAAAGAAAAGUUGUCAAAUCACCACUACACUUGCAAAACCCAUUGGAGAACAUUUUUAUGGAUCUCAUCCUCAUUUUGGAGCCGGAAGUCAAUUUGUUUCGUUAUAAAUGAUCAAGAUUGGUAACUUCAAGAUUUGGUACACCUCCAGGUAAGGACAGACAAGACAGUUGUGUUUCAUACGGGUUUUUUAAUCAAAAUAUUUUUGAACAAUUGUAAUCAAUCCUCAUAUAAGUGCUUACGUUGACACGUUUUCUUCACAUCCUGUAAGUCUAUUCAUGUUAUGUACUAAUUUUCUUCUAUACUUUAUUAUUUCGGUUCUAUGUCAUGGUAGACUUCUCUUUCAUUCGAAGCAUGGCUUCAAGUAAUUUGGCACCCUAUAUUCUCCUGUCUUAUAACUGCCAUUUGUGUGGUAUAUGGCUGAUCUAGUAGAAGGUUGGGAAGAAAGUGAAAUUUUGGCGGAAAUAUUGUCCUAGGCUGACCCCAGAUUUAUAGAACAAGUAUUUAUGAUGAAGAUGGUUUCUAUUAUUGAUUCUCUUUAGUUUAAGUACACGGUCAUCUGUAAUGAAUUGGACUAUGUGCCCUGAGAAAGAUUUUCUCUGAGUAGAAUUUGAUUUAGAGAGGGUGCUAUUCACAUAAAGUCAAUGCCAUAAGAGAACUUCAUUGUAACUUCUACGUUUUCAUCUCACAUUUUUCCUUAUACGUUCACUCCCUUAUGCUAACCAUUUGUUGACCCAAAGAACGUUUUUCCUGUAGAUGAUGAAUUAUAUCUCUGUAAGAUCUGUGGAGUGGAAUAACUUCAAGUUCAUUACGAAAAAUUUGGAGAACUCGGUGUUUUUUCACUUCUCACCGCAUGACGGUGUUUUGACUAGUUUGAGUUUCUUGGAUUUAUUUUCCAGGUGAAGGUCAUGAACUGGGUGAAUGGCGUUGAAAGUCCAAUUGUUGUUGGCUUAAGUGCCAGAUUUGGUGCUGUCUUGCCCAGUGAUGUGGCGGAAGCUCUCAGAUUUCCCGCUGUUCUGGCAAACCCGAUCAACUGUUGCACUAAUUCCUCAUCUCAGGUUCUUGAUUCUUUAUGCUCAAAUCUUUCUCUCCUUUAUCACGCUUGAAACUGUAAGCAAGCAUUUUUUUUUUCAUUUAUCUUCUACUUGGUUUCCAAGAGAGAAAGGCCGUUUAAUUAGAAGCAUGAUGUUUAAGGAACUGGAGAUACUAUGCCUUGUAUCACAGUUAUUUAUUUAUUAAUUUUUCCUUUUCAUAUUAUUUACGUGCAAGUCUGUUUCUCAAUUCUUGUAUUUCUUUCUGAAAGACUAACGAUCUGACCUCCUAGCGUCUAAUCAGUUAUGACAUGAUCAUCCUCUAUUGUGAAAUCUUAUUGUAUUUAAUUAUAAAUCCUAUGACUUUCAGUUUUUCAGUAAUUUCUCUAAGAGUAUUACAGUGGGAUACUCGCUUUUAUCUGGGAGCAGGUGAUUGAGAGAGUCGCUAAGAUGAAUGCUGGAGACACUGAUUUAGCUAUGUGUUUGUUUGUUGUCAGGCAUGUUGACCAACUUUGUUAUUACUCUGUCAAACUGGAAGAGAAGAAGACCUAAUAAAGUAUGAUGAUCCAGGUUGUAGUAGUCCCAAAUCAUACGAACUUAGCUGAUCUUUAUGAAGCAGUUCAAAUGAUACGAACUGCAGAGAAAUCUAGGAGUGGAUGGAGAAUAUCUUCGGGAGAAAGGUGACUUGGCCCUUAUUAAGCUUUGUACGAACUGAUAUAUAAGGUGUGUAAGGGCCACUGACCAAAGAACUGUAGGACAACAUCAAAGUGUGGAGGGCAUGGGAGAUGAUGUCAUCAUCAUUGUGUCUUGACUGGGGAACUGACAUGCAUCAAAUCUAGGUAUGAACUGGUUGAGGGUCCCCCCUUCAAGGUCCAGUAUAGGAGGGGAUAAUGGAUUUUUCGUCCACCCUCUUCUAUUUCCUCACUCUCAUUAGUGAUUCCUCAACCUUUCUGCUAUGGAAGAAAAAAGCGCCUUGAAGCAUUUGUGGCUGCUGAAUGUUGUCCCAGAGGAUGGAGUUGAUUGAUAAGUUUACAUAGAUAAAAAUUACUUUGGUAAAGAAGAUUCCAUCUUAGAAACAUAUGUAGAGUGUGGAUGCAUACGAGUUUGUAGACAUGUAAACUCUCAAGUGAUCCCCGAGGAAACUCAUUGCCAAAGAAGGAAGGUAAGAAAAAAAAACGAAAAAAUCAAAUUUAAAACCUAGUGGCAAGCUGAAAAAGGGGGGGGGAGCACAUGACAAGUCUUAGUAGCAAUUUAAGAGGAAAAAGAAAGGGGCCAGAAUCGUUAACGGGGAAAGGUGUAAAAACGCCAAAAGACCCAAGGCAAGACAAUUUUUUAUUCAAGUACCUAAGAAAAUAAUAACGAUACUUUCAAUUGGAGGUCUCCCCAAAAAGUGAGUUUUUGGGCUCCAAAAAUUGUUUACGAAGCAUCUAUUUGAUGGCAGCUCGAUUAUUUUUACGUCCAGACAAUUUUGUCUUUCCAUCAAAUAUAUAACUAGCUAUAACUUGCCAUCAGUAUAGUUGAGUUUCAUGUCUUACCUUUCUUCCCAUUUCUUUUUUCUUGUUACUUUUCCCACAAGGUGAGUAUACUAGUAAUUUUUUUAAACGAGCUAUUUUUUUUCGCAGUUGUUAGACUCGAUUGCCUUAGCGAGACGGGGAGACUGUACCUUCACGGCCAAGGCAGAAGUUGCAGAAUCAGGUGGUGCAGUAGGCUUGCUGGUGAUAAAUGAUAAUGAAGGUGGCCUUCUAUAACACAUGAAGAAUCUUAGCCUAAAAGUUUUUUUUUUUUUCCUGUUUGUUUGUGUCGAUGGUCGUUCUAGCUCCGAUUUACAUACUGUAAAAGAUAUAUAUUUUUUCCUGACGACCUUUGUCUAUAUAACAGAUCUUUAUAAAAUGGUGUGCUCUGAAAAUGACACUUCCCUCAAUAUCACAAUUCCAACUGUGAUGAUUCCAAAUUCAGCGGGAAAUAAAUUCGCAGACUAUCUGAAUUCUGGAAAGCAUGGUGAGUUUAUGUGAAAAUUUUGAAAAUGUUGCGUUUAAUACUUACUUAAGAAUCUACUCUGUGAAUGGAAUGAUGUUCUACUACUAAUUUACAUUUCGUUUGGCCUCGUGUCUUAGUUCUUCUGAUCUCGAAAAUUAGGCCUCAUGUAACUGGUUUCUGAAGGGGAAAAUAAGUUCCAUGCACUCAGCCGAUCUGCUUGUUCUCGAGACCAUGGUACUUGCCCUUUAAAACAGCUUACGUGGAAGUAACAGUGUUCAUUGUGUGACUGGACUGUUCGUCAACAUUAUGUAACCAAAUCCUAUCUCGAGGUGGGAAACGUUUAUGAGGGAACAAGACCGUACUUGUCAAAAUUGUAUAUCCUGGUCCCAGCAGUUUUGAAGUGUGUAUCUCAUAUUGCUAUACUGACUGACCUGACUCUGAAUCGUCUGAGACCGAAAAUAAACCCAUUAACAAAUAAAACCUUAAACCGUUGUAUUGGUAGAUCCGAAUCCUGAAAACUGAUCAAGACAACAUAAGUCGGCUGGCGUGGUAAGUUAUCAGUUGCUUUGUAUCCUCUUGUCCACUGAGUUUAUAGGCUUAGUAACUUCCCCUCUUCACCAUUUGUUUAAUUUCCAUUUUGUACCAAAAUCACAGAAAGCUGUCAGGGAACGAGAAAGGUGAUUCUUAUGUGGAUCUCUCACUGGAAUUGAUUCUUAUCAUGGUCAGAAAGACGCGGGAUAGAAUUUUGUUUUUUUUUUUCAUUGACUACCCCAGAAUUGUGUAAUACUUUGAACUUAUAUCAUGGCUAUUUUCGUGGACUUGUGUCGCAGAGAAAAACUUGUUUGUUAUGGGAACCCCUAAUCUUUUUGCAUCUUUCUUUGUGCUUAGAUUUGGUCGCUCAGUUGACGCAUUCCUUUGGAAAGAGGUAAGAAGCUGGAAAUUCAGAAUUAAAAGGAACCUAGUGUGUUACAUGAUGAGAAUCUUGAAGAAUUUUCAAUGAAAGUAGACAAUUUUUACAGGAUUGUUGCUGCUAGAGACGUUGUGAUCAUCAUAUUCUCGUGGUGACAUCUUGAUGAUAUUUUGGUUGAGAAUGGGGAAUCCGCCUCCUAAUAUCAACCCCAUUGGUCUUGCAUUUUUUUGGUCUUGAGGGCCGUGGAAUUCAUACUAGUCGGGAGUGUUAGUAUACCAGACUACCUAUCCUCAGUGACAUGGGAGUGCUAAUGGUUUAGACUGUUGAACGCAUCUCUGAGCGUGCCGAUGCAAGUCAAAUCUGUCAUGAUCCAUGAUUGGGUUCAUAGUCAGAAUGGUAUAGUCAACCGAUUAAAUCGAUUGGCCCUUCUUAUGUGCCACCUGGAAUAUCCGGACUGGGGUGAAUCAUGCAAUCUGGCCUGAGUUCAUUGAAUGUUUGGCCGAUCUGUCCCAAGGGGCUGACAAGGCUACCCUUGUAUCGCUAAUUCUAAGUGAUGUCACACGAGGCUUUCUUAGUGUUUUGUGAAGAUGUUGAUAAUUUCAGUGUAUAGUUAAUCCCAAAGAUCUGAGUAUGGAGUGGAAACCAUUAUACCAAGGAUGUUGAGGAUGGCCACCUAAACUACAGAAAAAUCUGGGUGGCUUCGAGCACUUCUGAUCCUAUUGGGUAGAUGCAUAUCUUUCAUUUUUUAGGAAUAUAAGUAUUUUUUUAAUAGUUAUGAGUGCAGUAAGAUACUUGAUGUUGCUUAAUAGUGCGAGGAUUUAAUUGUUAAUGUUUCAAUUAGUGGGCCAAUAUGAUUAGUUGAUUAAAUUAUUUAUGUAGCAUGUCAGAAAUCUUCUAAUAUUUGAAAUCCUUUUGUUAUUAAUCUCAAGUUUUAUACUAUGACAUGAAUAUUUAUCUUUAACAAUGAAAGUGCACUCAGUCAAGUAGUGAUAAUAAAGAAAAUAUCCAAGUUGUACGACAAUGCAAGCAUAUCUUUCUAUACUUCGCGGUCAUUCAGGACUUCCAUCCUUCAAUCCCAGCGCUCAAGGAUAAAAGGCACAAUGUUGAAAAAGAUAAAUUCUAGGUCAUCCGUUCAUGAUUUGUUGACUUCGUGUUCUUUUGACCUGACUUGUAGGAUGUGGUUUUUUUUCCCUGCCAAGUCAUAUGUAUUCGGUUAUUUUGAAGAAAUUUUGAUUAUAUAAAAGAGAGUUUUGUGGACAGGCUCGCAUGAGCCUCAGCUUGAUUGGUAUCAGCUCUGUUUGAUAGUAUACUCUGACUCAGUUUUUAGUUUCAAGUUCUUGAUACUGUCCAAAGUUGGCCUUCUUUAAAUGGAAGAAUAUUGAGUAAUUUACUACUGGUUAUGUGAUUGUUGGAUGAUGACCAUUAAGAAAAUUCUGUGAUUCGUACAUAUUGUAUCAUAAGGAAUUUUCCACAGUUGAGCUGGAGAUUCCUUCUUUCCUGUUAAUAUGGGCUUGGACAGGUUGUUGCAUUAGUGAAUUUGAAUAUGUGAACCGGAAAAAUAAUUGUUCAGUUGUGUAUGAAGAAAAAAGAAAACAUAAAACACUGCCUGGAACUUCUUGAAACCUGGACGUGUUGAUGAUGUCAUACUUGUAAAGUGUAUGAAACUUCACAUGGUCACUACUAUGAACUGUCAUCGACCUUAACAUCCAUAGAUCGUGUACUUUUUUAUUAGGAGACGAAUUUAAAUUUAGUGACCGCAAUUUUUUUGGGAAGAAUGUAAAAGGAUGUGGAAUACCAAGUACAAAGGUUUCAUAUGUUCUUGUGCCAAAAAAUGCAUUCUUUAUGAUUGUUCUACUUAGGAACUAGAUUCUGAUUGGAGUGUGCCUAGUGUGCUGUUGAAGGAAGAGACUUGAAAGGUACAGUUUCCAACGCAUCAAGUGUAGUAAGAAACUUAAAGAUUCAGGAACUGGAUUCAGUAAUAAAUUUUUCUUAAUAGAAUUUAUAGUAGGAGAGAACUCUAAUCAAGUGCAGGACACGAAGGAACCAGUGUAUGAAGUUGACCAAGAAGGAGAAAAGUGGACCAGAACUGAAAAAUGAUGGACAUUAUGCUUGCACAUGUAUGCAACAUACUGAACAUUAUGAGAGCACAGGGAUAGUCUCGAAGCCAUCAUCGCCAUAUGAUAACUAGUUAUUUUACCAGAUUAAGUUGUCGCAUUUUAGCUAGUGAAGUCACGUGAUCUAAUACCGAACUGGAAGAGAGAGUUUCUGUGAAUAUUAUUGACAAUGCAAUUUUCUACGAGCUUUGUUCGAGUCAGGAGUGCAGUAGAGAACCCCACUUGCGGAUUGUUACCUGUAAUUUUGAAUUUUGGGUGACAUUUAGAUAAUGCAAGUUUUGUUGUCUGAUGAUUGAUGCUAUCAUUUAUGCUUGACAUAUUAUAUAUGCUAAUAUUUCUUUGUUUGAAGAGUCAGAGAUAUUGAAUAGCCUUUUCUGGGCCUAUUCCGUGGAAGUCCUUUAAGAGUUUUUGAUCUUUUACUUCUCUUAUUUAUUGCCUAUUCGUCAUAUUCUACUUGAAUUGAUUAAUAGAUUAAUAUGGAUGCUUUGCUCAUUGCAGUGGAGAUUCGAUUAUAUUCCCCAAAUCGUCCAGUAGUUGACUAUUCAGCAAUCUUUCUUUGGCUAAUGGCUGUUUUGACCAUUAUCUGCGCAUCAGUUUGGGGGGAAUUCAUUGCGUGCGAGAGGGCUGAUGAGCGUUAUAAUCAUCUGAUGCGGAAGGUUUUUGAAUUGAUAACCCUUUCAUUCAAAGGAACGCUUUUGGUUUUAUAGUAUCUGUCAGUUUUCUAGAAUUUGCUGAAGUUGAGAAGCACCGAGAUAUUUUAUUUGAUACAUUUUUCUCGUAUUUUUUCUUCGUUUUACUUCAUUAUCAUUGCGAUUCUCAUCAUCAGCUUACCUUUUCGUACUGAUUUAUGUUUUCAUCAUUCGAUUGUUGUUUUCUUAUAUCGACAGCCUUCCUAUUAUCAGAUAUUUUGCUUCUUGCAGUUUAUUCUAUUUUUUUACAUCAACUGGCAAUCAUUUUAUGAAUUAGAGUGAGAUUCUGUUUAUGUGAAUAUGAUAGCAAGAUUAUGUAUUUUUUUCAACUUCACUGUUGCAAUAGUGUUAGUAGUGGCAUCUUUAAGAUAACAAAUUUUCAGGCGACUAUGAGACCACUCACCAUCACUGCUCAGAGUUUUAGGAAAACCCAAAGAAGAUUAUCCAGAGUGAUAAGAUGUGAAAAGUAUCUCUGAUCAAAUCAGAAACCAUUUGUCGGCUUUGAGUUGUUUCAGAUUGAUGAGAAAAUUGAUGCUUGUGCCUACAUAGUGUGACUGGCAUUGAAAAUUACUUGGAUGGAGAUCGUUUAAAAGGUGAUAUGGCUGGACAUUUUUUAAGUAGAAAAGGCCACCAUGAAAUGCAAACUGGUCGUCCUGACCUGACUUUGCCAAGGUAAAAAAGAUCCUAGAUAAGCACAUUUCGACCCAUAAUGUUGGGCAUAGGCAUACAUGCUUAAAGCCCUAUCUGAUGGGAUCUCCUCGAUUGUGCAUUCCCCUCGCAAACUUUAGCAAUUGCAAACAUUGGAGUUCUCCUUGAAUGCACUGGCACCUUAUCAAUUUGACGCACGAUAACUAACAACAAAUAUUUUGACUGUCUUUCUGGAGGGCUGAUUAGUUACUUUGCCACCAAAAUUUGACUGUUAGUAAUAGCUGCAUCUCUUUCCUCUAUUGAUGCUUGAGGAAGCAAUAUCGAAACCUCUGCAAGGAUCCUUGACAUCCGUCCUUCCAAAUAUUUCAUCGAAAUUUUGGAUCAGUCUCGUUAUUUAUCACUGCCGUGAACAUUGUACUUGAUGGGCACGAGGUAGCUUGGCAGCCCAUCAUAUUAUUGACAAUGGUACUCACUAUGGUCGGCCGUGAAAAUGCCACCUUGAAGUUGUUAAAAUGGGUUGCUUUCAUCUCCUUUAGAAUGUGAGCAAAGUACUGUCCAAUAAGAUUGUUGGAGGAUUGGGAUGUAAAAAUGCAAGAUGAGGUAGAAGAAUGAAAGGUCUACUUGAGCCGUUGAAUAGUGCCUUCUGGAAUUGCGGGGAUGGGAAGAUGUUUCAUGAAGUUGUACUAUGACUGUCCAGUCCUGCCGGCUGGGUGGCGGGGGGGGGGAGGCUCGUUUGUAAUGAUUGCUACACAAGGUCUUUCUUGUGUCUUAAAGCUGAAGAAAAAAUCAGGUUCUUUGAGAACAACCUGGUGGCGUAAGUGAAUGUGACAUGGGCGAUAAUUCUUUUAUGCUGUCUUUUUUUAUAUUCUCGUUUUUGGAUUUUUAUUGUCCUGAUCUAUAAUCAGCCUUUUAAACAACCUCGGGUUUUUGUUUGGAAUUUUAAAAGUUAAUUGUGAGAUCAUAUGUCUCGAAUACAUUCCUGUACACCUUUACACCUCAAUAAACGGCUCCGCAGUGUUGAAAGUAACAUUAAAACUCACCAUUGCCGAUUCAUGUUAUUCUAUUGUAUGAGUUCUUUUUUUCCCUAUACCCUAUUGUCUUACAUCGAUUGUACUAAUCUCGUCUCUUACAAAAUCCUAGUUGUUUGGAAGGAUAUAUAUUGAUCUAACUGUUUUAUGACUGUUUCGUUAAGUCCAUAGAUUUUCUUUCAAUGCAAAUCGAAACAAAUGACUGACUUUUAUUCCACAGGAACCAUCUGACACCGGAAGUGUAAACAAAGAUGAUUCUGAAAAGGAAGUGUUCGAGAUUAAUGCCAAAGGAGCAGUUGUUUUCAUCAUUGUUGCCUCCGCAUUUCUGAUGCUCCUAUACUUUUUUAUGUCUGCUUGGUUCAUUUGGUUGCUAGUUGUGCUGUUCUGCAUUGGUGGUAUGGAGGUACAGUUGAUCCUGGAGCUUAACAUUCUCAGAGUUCGGUUUGAAAUUGCUUUUUCUUUAUUGUUUGAAAUCUCUCCUGGAGCCUUUUCCUUUUUAGGAAGGUUUUUCCUGAUUAUUUUGAAAAAGUGUGCUAAUACAUUUAGCCUUCCAGGUUAAGCUAGGGACUCUGAUUUUGGAGUCAUAGUUUCGGAUUAGUGUGCUAGAAAAAUGCCAAAUCAAAUGGAUACUUGACAGCAAAUAGGUGUUUACAACCUUUUGUUCGUAUCUCUGUUGAAGCUUGAAUUUUAAUUCAUCGAAACCCAAAUCUUUCAAUAUUUACUUUCUAAAUUCUGAGGAAGUACUAGAUUUGUCACUUCUCCCAAAAUUUCUCAAGAAGAUUGGUUCAUUGUAGCUGCUAUGUUCUUUAUCGUUCUCACCUCUAGAAUGCAGUCACGCAAUACCUUGUUUGUGUAAGUAGAACUGACCUGUAGCCAUGAAUCUCUGUAUUAAAGUGUCAGGAAGGCAUCUCACCUUUCAAAACUUCAGGGUCCAUUGGACUGGUAAACCUUACCGGAUCCCACUUCUCAAUGCACGCAGUCAGAGGACACUGUUCUUUUGGAGUGUUACAUCAGAACAAAAGUAACUUAUGAAAAUAAUUUAUCUUACCUUUUAGCCAUGACUGUUGGGUAGGCUGCUUCCAGCGAGAAGUGCACCACUCUUAAUUGGGGUGAGGGAGCUAGUGAGUGAAUUUGCAUAUCUUUGUAUCUGCAUUCAAGAAUGUAUUCUGAACUUUUCUGCGUGGUGUGGUUAAAUUUGCCUUUAAUUAAUGGUUCUUGAAAAGUUAUAGAAAUACCCUGGAACAUUAAUCCCGAACUGAGGCAUACACUCAACGCUGUGUCUGGUUCUACUUUAUAUGCUACAUCCUGAUAAGUAGCUGCCAAGACUCGAAAUGAUUUUAAUUUUUUUUUCGUGUAAUCAAGGUUUCUUGUAAUGCUGUUCAGCAUUUUGUCCAUGAAAUACUGGUGCUUCUUUUUCUUGACAAAGUAACCUAUCGUUCCUUUUUGUACCAUCCUUGACUUUGUCGAGGAAUAUUCUUUACCAGAUGUGUUACUAUCUAUUUACUUAACUGUAACUUCCUCUCGAUGUAUACUUCGUACACUGUUUGUAUUUGUCUGAUUUUUUUUAUUCAUGUAAAAUUAUUUCUUUUUCAGGGGAUGCAUGUUUGCUUUGUAACAAUAAUGUCAAGGUAACGCAGACCGCAACAUGGUUACCACACCAUCAUUUAUGCUGAUCCUUUUUCUCCUAACGUAUUUUAUUCUUUCAUCUCAGAAUAUUGAAAAAAGGUGGACAAAAGACCUUACAUCUUCCCGUGCUGGGGGAGGUUUUGGUACUUUCUGUUGUGAUCUUGCCAUUAUGUGCCGCAUUUGCAAUUUUCUGGGCUGCAAAUCAGCGUGCAUCAUUUGCUUGGAUUGGCCAAGAUAUCCUUGUAAGUUUUCGUUCCCGAACUCUUGCUUCGCUGGGCUAUUUUUUAUUGUGUAAUUCGCAUUGUUACUAAUGAAGCUUUAUAAAGAAUUUCAGUCCUUUUCUUUUGAUCGAUAAGGGGACCCCCUUCUUAUACUUCCACAUCCGGGGAUCCGAACUAUAUUAUUGAGAAUAAGAUAAUAGCAACUGAACAAUAUGGCAGAAGUUUCAAUCAAGAGUGAGAGUGAGAGACAGAAAUUGCUUGAAGGUCGGCUGAGCCAGGCUUGAUUACGAGCUCUAUAACCUUUUACACCAAGUGAUUGGAUCAUAUUAGCCGAAUCAAAUUAGCUGGAUGAGUUAGAUCAAUACGGAUCUAAUUCCCCGGAAAGUGACUAAUGUAAUACAGUCAGAUAAAAAACCCAAUUGCAUGCGAUCUGACCCUGUAUGCCCAUAUCAUGACUGUCUGCGUUGUUCUUCCCAGCAGUAUUGUGUCGAGGAGCCACAUCUCGCGUUUUUCCUCUUUUUUUGGAAGUAGCUUCCUAAAAAUGUAGUUUUUCCCUCCUCAUUUACAGUGCCUACGCUUUUGUUGUUUUAUGCUACUUAUACAAAGGAUACUGCUAUAAGUAAUAGGGCCAAACUGCUUAUUCCUUUUCGGGAUCUCAACUAAGGUAUUAUAUAAAUGGUACUCUCUUGGAAGCCGAUGAUUUUUUCUCAUUAAGCUAUCCCGUGGCUGUUUGAUGAUCUCAGCUUCAGCCCAUCAUUGUCGUUGUCGUUCUGCAUUCAGUUACAUACUGCAUUCAUCCUUAUAAACAAUGUAAUAUAAGAUCUAAGAGAUAGUUCUGAAGAUUUACCCGUCAAGCAUCUAGAGAGGGGUUUCCUAAAGAGAUAGCUUCAUCUUUUACAGGGCAUUUGCUUGAUGAUUACAGUUCUGCAGAUGGCUCGCAUACCAAAUAUCAAGGUACCUUUGAUGUCGAUCAUCAUACGUUGUGUUUGAUAUGUUCCGUGUCAUGAUUCUAAUAGAUUAAACUCUUACUGCAGGUCGCAUCAGCACUUCUAUGUUGCGCAUUUGUCUAUGACAUAUUCUGGGUAUUCUUAUCGCCCCUUAUUUUCAAAGAAAGUGUCAUGAUCGCGGUACGUUUUCUAACAUGCGCAUGACUUUAUUUGUUAGGAAUUCGUUUACGACGCCUCCGAGAUUUUUUUUUCAUCUUUUAUAAGAAUUUUUCUAACCGAUAACAUAAUUUUAGUAUACAUUUUAUUUUGCAUUAUAUGUGAUGCCAUCCAGUUGAAGAAAGGAAAUGACUUUGCAACGCCGCUUACUGCGUGUGCAUGCAAAUCAUUUAUCACUCUGUCCUCGUCUUUAUGUUAAGUUUUCACGUGACUGAAGUUCUUGAUGUGUAUUUUAUCAAAUGUCUACUUCUAUUAGGUCAGAGAAGAACUGUGACUUUGUUUUACCCCAGAUUAAAGUUGUUACCCUGUGAUCCCUGUGGUACUUUUUCUUCAGUUCUUUGUGAUAAGAAAAAAAAAGAAGGAAGCUGGUGCAAUUAUCUAUUCGCAGACGUGUUCAGCGUGUCAAUUCUUAGUAAAUAUGUUGCUCUUUGGGUUACCCAAUUUUGCAUUUUCUCAGAGAUAUGGGAUGUUGAUAUCUAUGAAAUAUUUAUACGGAUAGCAGUCUGAGACUGGAAUUUGCGUCUGGCCUUUAUGCAUUCAUACUUUUUAUAAUAAGAAAAAAUCCAAUGUUGCUUUAUUUUUUUUAUCUUUUUAUAUUUUUUAAGAUCUAGUGUUUCCUAAUCUUCCUUGAAUUUUAAAAGUCAACUGCCUCCGACAGUGACUGCUAUUGCUACAGACAAUGUGAGAAUCGAGGUUUCAAUCAUUCUUAUUUGAUCUGUAGGUUGCUCGUGGCGACAAUAGUGGUGGAGAAUCAAUUCCUAUGCUUUUGAAAAUUCCCCGAUUCUUUGAUCCAUGGGGCGGCUAUGAUAUGAUUGGCUUUGGGGACAUCCUCUUUCCCGGUCUACUUGUCGCAUUCAGUUUCAGGUAUCUUUAUCAUUUUCCGAAGCCUUUCAGCUUGAAGGAUCCUUUCAACCUAAAAUUGCCGCUGCAAUGCUCUUCAUAUCGUAGCUUAAAUUUUCUUGUUUCUUGAUAUGUCACGGUAGAUAUUACUUCUGUUGAAAAGAUGCAUACAUACACUCGAGGUAGCUUAGAUGUUUUGAUGGUGCGGAGCAGUAGACCAUCUGUAUCUUAGUUAAUUACAUGUCGCCCCCCCCCCCUGAUGGUAGGUAGGUAGUAUUGGAGGUGAGAGAUUGCCUGCUUUGGGUAGUCGACGUCUUAAUAUUGCCGAUCCCACCGACCACCAUAGCUCGUUUCUUAAUGAACCCAUAGAAAUACAAAGGAUCUAGGGAGAGGAGACUGACUGAUACAAGGGAAAGGAUAAGAUGAGCAUGGUGGGUAGUCAGGCAUGUUGUUGUUGUGCAUCAGAUGCCCAACGAAAGCGAGGCAAAAGUUGUCCCCUGAAGCUUGAAUUAGGCCAUGGAUGACCCCGGUGAAAAUGGGUAUGGCAUUCCGCCCCCGCCCUGAGGGGCCCCAGGUUUCUUAUGUAGCCAUGGCACGAGUAGCUUGCUUUUGCUGUUGGAAGAGCCACGGUCAGAGUGGAUGAGGGGCCCCGGCAGCUGGACUCCUUUGGAUAGAGUUUCUCGAUAUGGCAAAUUCUAUAUAUAUAUAGACAUCGGCUCCCAGCAUACACAAUUCUUUGUCACCUGAUUUCCAUCAGUUCAGCUUCCAACUUUAUAUCUCUUGUACAUGCAGAUAUGACAGGUCGAACAAGAAGGGUCUAUUGAAUGGGUACUUCCUCUGGUUGGCUCUCGGCUAUGCCUUCGGUAGGUACCCGGGGAACCUGAUUCUCCUCCGGUUUUACUUUGUAAUAAUAUCAAUCCAUGAUCUUCUCUGUGUUGCACGUACUUGCAGGUCUCUUCCUCACAUACCUUGCUUUGUUUCUGAUGGACGGCCAUGGCCAGCCGGCGCUGCUCUACCUUGUACCAUGCACUCUAGGUGACGAUUCCCCGCCGCCAAAUCUCUUUCCCUUACUGCCAUGGAGACUGUUUUGAACAUAAAUCCUUUAAAUCUAUUCAGUCGUCUCUAACCCUUUUGUGUGUGUCUCAUCUCAAAUCCGUUUGGCUUUUGUUCCUUAUCUUUUCCAAAUAUUUUUUAUUUCUUUAUUUCUAGAUUAUAGACUACUUCCAUUUAUAAGUUUUAAUUGUAUUUAUUUAUUUUUAUUUAUAAAUUGAAAACAUAUGAGCGCCCCCCCAAAUUCACAUAUAUAACACUCUUCUUGUGGGUGGAAUCAGGUCUUAUCGUCGUGCUGAGCGCUGUGAGGGGGGAGCUCAAGGACAUGUGGCUCUACGAGAAGAAGCCUCCCGGCAGUCUCCCCCCCGGGGAGGCGUGA